UUCACGGAUUUUUGAUUAUUCAUUUUUGAAAAUUAUUAGUUGUGAAAAAAAAUUUUUUUUCAUUGUUGUCACAAUUAUAAUAACAGCUUUACUCAAAUGAAGAUUGGCAUUAUAGCCAGGAAUUUUCGAAUCACUAAAUUCUCACGUUUUUGCCAUUCUGGCCAAUUUGUUAUUAUUAUUAUUAUUCUCAAUUUGUGUUUUUAUUCUCGUCGCUACAAUACUGAAAACUAUAUUUGGCUAUUCAGAGAUAAUCAGAUCACAUUCAAAUCAUAUUGAUCAUCGUCAUAAAUAUAUCAUUUGAUUAUUCAAAUGGGUCAUUCUGUUAUUUUUUCAGAUCAUCAAUCUUAAUGAUAAUAAAUAGCAAAAAAUUUUGAAUUUUUUUCUCAUUAUCAUCGUCAUCAUUGUUGUUGUUGUUGUUGUUAUUUUUUCAUUAUACAACCUGAUAUCAAACAUAACUCAUGAUAAAUGUUGAAAAUUCCAAAGAUAAUCAUAACAAAUGUGGAUGAAGAUCCAUCAAUCAAAAAAGAAUUGAAAAGAAAAAAGCUAUUUGAAUUAUGCGCAAUCAUCGGUAUUAUAGUAAUAAACUGGAUUAUGGUAAUAAGUAAAUCAUGUUUCAUAUUUGGUGUGUUGUCCGGCAUAAUAACAACAUUAAUUACAAUUAUACAAUAUAUAUUGUUCAUUAAAACACAUUUUGCCGUACAUUUUGGCGCCAAACGCCCAACAGAUGAAACAAUGAUAGAACAUGGUCAUCAUCAUCAUCAUCAUAAUUAUGAAAAUCCAUCCAUAUUUUCAUUACGUUGGAUAUUAAGUCGAAUAGCUAAAUGGAGAAAUUUUUUCUAUCAAAUACAACAACGACGACGAUGGAAAAACAACAACAACAACAACAACGUCAAACAGCAAAGUAGCCACAUUCGAUUCUCUCAUUAUGACAUCCAUUAAACACUUAUAACAUCUGGGCAAAUCGAUUUUUCAUUUC